AAUCAGAAGGCUCCUUGCUGAGCGGAUACACUCGCGCAAUGCGAAAAGGAGUGUGCUCUUUUUCUUUUACUUAAGUGCUAUUUAAGUGGAUAAUAAGUCUCUCCUCCAUUAAACAGUAGCUGGACCACACUCAAAAUGGGAGAGCCACAGCAGGUUAGUGCCCUGCCGCUGCCGCCGAUGCAGUACAUCAAGGAAUACACCGAUGAAAAUCUACGGAAAGGACUGGCUCCAAAACCGCCACCUCCAAUUCGAGACACUUACUUGAUGUUUGGCAAUCAGUUUCAGUGUGAUGACCUCAUCAUUCGUCCAUUAGAGAGCCAGGGCAUUGAGCGCCUGCACCCCAUGCAGUUCGACCACAAGCGGGAACUGAAGAAGCUUAACAUGUCCAUCUUGGUCAACUUCCUGGACCUCUUGGAUAUUCUGAUUAAAAGCCCUGGAAGUAUUAAACGGGAAGAGAAACUUGAGGACCUGAAGCUACUCUUUGUUCACAUGCACCACCUUAUCAACGAGUACCGUCCGCAUCAGGCCAGAGAGACACUGCGUGUGAUGAUGGAGGUGCAGAAGCGGCAGAGGCUGGAGACGGCCGAGCGCUUUCAGAAGCACCUAGAACGGGUGGUGGAGAUGAUCCAUAACUGCCUUGCUUCGCUGCCUGAUGAUUUGCCCCAGCCGGACGCCUCUAGUGGGGCUGGGGCAAGCGGCCUGGCUGUAGGCUCAGGCUCAGGAGGCGAGUCCAGACUGAAAACUGAGCCUAUGGACUUAGAGGAGGCUGGGGUUAGUUGCAUGGCAGGACAAACGGACAAAAGUGUGCCCUCCACUAAGAAGGAGAAAAUAUGGGAUAAAGAUGCUGCAAUGUGCAGUAUCAUUGAUGAAAUGACUUAAGAGGCAUGUUACGUUGUUCCUUAUUGUUUGCUUUUGUUUUGUUUUUGUUUAACUUUAUUAUAGCACAAAUGUGGAUUGACAAGCUAUUUUGAACACUUCAGCCACUCGGUAAGGGGCAAAUAGGUUUGAUUUCAAAUUAUGAAAUCAGCUCCCCAGUCCUGUACAAAAUGUAAUAAGACUUGUCAUAAGGUCUUUGUGUUAUGAUAUGAAUAAAGCUGAAAUGGUCUUUUAGUAAAUAUUCCUCUGGCUUGAAUGUAACCUGCCCAAAUCUGAAUAAUUUGCAUGUGAAAACAUAAAGACCUUCUGGAAGGA